GUCACCGUCGGUAGCUACAGGACUGCUAAUUCAUUGAAACAUUUUUGGAGAAUGUUUGCGUAUGUGCGUAAUGUUAUUUUCAGAAGAAUCAUCCCUGUUCAUCAGCCGAUCCUGUUCAACGUCUCCACUGUAGAUCCCGGGGCAAUAGUUCAUCCGUCUAAGAACAAUAAAUUAGUGGAAGUUGAUGUGGUCAAUUACGGAUCAAGUGGUCUAUAUUUUUCGGCCUAUAACCAGCAUGGAUUUUUGCUCAACUCUGGCGUUCGCAUCAUCGGUCCAUGCGCUGCAUUCCCGCGUAAUGCUUUUUGCUGGAAUGUCAAGGAUUUUAAGGAUAUAAAUGAAGAAUCUUUAUCACUGUUCUUCGUUUUGGAGCCGAAAUUAGAUUUACUGCUUAUUGGAAAAGGCGCCACGAAUAUCCAAGUCGAUUGUCUUAAACUUCAGAAUAUCUGUUACAAACACAAGCUGGCAGUCGAGAUUCUCCCAACGCAAUCCGCAGUGGGCACCUUCAAUUUUCUCAAUUCGGAAGGUCGGUAUGUAGCAGCUGGUCUGAUCCCGCCCCACCGAAUCGACAUAUACGAUCCCGCAGAUAGAGAGGCGAGUCAAUUAUUGGCGGCCGAGGAACUGGUUGCAACUUCAAACUUGUUACAACAGAAGUCGUCAGAAGCACAAAAGUUUCUGGAAGAUGCCUCUGCUAAACCCCUUAAACUCAUACGAUCUCCACUCCUUGACCCUGAAUCGGACAGUGAUUCCAGGGACAAACCAUAACUGUACAUGAUUGCUAUUUGUUUUCAAACAGGACAUUGUCCCCUAGAACGUCUUGUUUCCUUCAUUUUUCCGGCGAUUGCUUUUGAUCCUCGAUGUCUGGUCAGCAUUUCAUUAAUGUGUUUGAUGCAGGUUAAAGUGGCCUUUUUAUUUAGUAGAAUAA